AUGGCAUCAGAGGUGUUCUGUAAAGUGGGAGAUGGGGAGGAGAACAUGAUGAAAAAGGAGACUCUCGUUUUGAAUCAAAUGUCGAAGCCCUUUCUAAACCCCAAGUCUAUGAACAGGAUGGUUGCCACCAAAGGACUCCCUCUUUCCUCAAGGGGCAGUUUGAUUACAUUCAUGAAGGAAGACACCAUCAACCUUCCCAGUCUACCGUAAGAUACACGCCGGGUUCUGAAGGCGAUGCCAGGGGAGGAAUCUGAAUGCAGCUCCGAUGACACCAGCAUCUCCCCCGUCUCAUCUACCUUGUUGAAUCCCAUCAAACUGGCCGUGACCCAGCCCAACAGCAGCUUCUUUGCAGGGUUGCUGGAAGGCGAGCUGAACAAGCUCAGCAUCACCUCGGUGGCCAAGAAUACAGAAAAGGAGGACCUGGCCUUCUGCCCCCGUCAAUCUAAGUCCCAAAUAGCCCCCGAGGGCCUGCUGGACCUUGACAACCCUGAGCUGGACACAGACACCUCCUCGACAUCCUCAAAGUCCUCCGUGGUCACGGACGUGCCAGAGGCGCCCUUUAUCUGUGAACACACAGUCAGCGAUUACACGGCCGUGAUUUCCUGGACCUAUGCCAUGAGCAGGCAGCCGGUCAGCUUCUACCAGGUCCUGUUGCAGGAGAUGGCCAAGAAAAAGGACAAUGAGUUUCCCAAGACAAAGAAUUGCCCGUGGAUCUUCCACAAGAUCUUGGGUACCACUGUCAAGCUGAUGGAGCUGAAGCCUAACACAAGUUACUGCCUCAUCGUCCGUGCCGUCAACACAGCUGGGGCGGGGAAGUGGUGCAAGCCCUACAAAUUUGCAACCGUGGCCAACGACCUGACCAGCUUCCCGGAGAACAACCCCAUCCAGAUCACCGUGCGGCGCAAGGAAUCGCAGAGGAAAACAGUGGCCAUGAGGCAGGCUGAGAUGCGGAGGCUGGAAGAUCUGGAAAACCUACUUCCCUACUAA